AUGACAGACUCAAUCGCUGCAGCUAAAUUGGCCCUUUACAUCAUCCUAGCUCAACCAGCCAUAUACUGUCUUUUCAAGCAUGGAAAGACUGGUUUCAUCGGAUGGCUCUAUAUCCAGAUCUUCUGUGUUCUUCGCAUCACCACUGGCGGAAUUGGUCUUCACGGCGCGAGUAGCUCAACUGGCCCUGUUAUUCUUAACAGUAUAGGCCUCUCACCUUUACUUCUAGCCACAUCUGGAAUUCUACAUGAGGCUCGAAGAGCCACAAACCCUCGACUUAACAGACGUCUCGACAUCGUUCUCGAAGUCAAGUACCACGGUUUAGUCGGAGUAGCCAUGGCUCUCAUCAUCGUCUCAAUUAUCAACUUGCAAGAUGGCAAAGACGUCGACAAGUACAAGACUCUUCUUAAAGUUGCGUCUGCACUCAUUGCUCUGGCUUGGUUCCUAAUUGCUAUUUGGUCCUUGUGGUCCCUUGGCAAAGCCAGAGUAUCUCCUACAAAUGGCUCCACUCCCUCUUUUCGGGGUGGUAAGCUGCUCUUGUACGCAGUCUUCAUCACUCUUCCCCUCCUUUGUCUCCGUCUCGCCUACGCCAUUGCCUUCCUGCAGCUUCAGAUCUCCGACCCUACAUCAGGUUUCUUGUCUUCGAAGGCAAUUGAAGUGUGCCUUGGUAUGAUCCCAGAGCUGUUGGUUACUAUCAUUUUCAUCGCCGUUGGCAUCAAGACUCGAGACAUCAAGCACGAUAUCAAGAAGCUGGACUCAUCGAAACUCUCUCAUGAAAGUCACGAGUUUCAACAUCAAACUGCUUAG